AGCCCGGAUGCGGACCAAGUUGGUAGAAGGCGAGGGUCUGGACAGUAAUGGCGGCGCUCGGCUUUGCAGCGAGUGGUGGCAACUGGUUUUCGGCAUUGGUACUCGGGGUGACUCUUCUCAAAUGCCUUCUCAUCCCCACCUACCAUUCCACAGAUUUUGAAGUACACCGAAACUGGCUUGCUAUCACUCACAGUUUGCCAAUAUCACAGUGGUAUUAUGAAGCAACUUCAGAGUGGACCUUGGACUACCCCCCUUUUUUUGCAUGGUUUGAGUAUGCCCUGUCACAUGUUGCCAAAUAUUUUGAUGAAGAGAUGCUGAAUGUCCAUAAUCUGAAUUAUAACAGCUCAAAGACCAUUCUUUUCCAGAGAUUUUCCGUCAUCUUCACAGAUGCACUCUUUGUGUAUGCUGUGCAUGAGUGCUGUAAGUGCAUUGAUGGGAAAAAAGCAGGUAAAGAACUUACAGAGAAGCCAAAGUUUAUUCUGUCAGUAUUACUGCUGUGGAACUUUGGGUUGUUAAUUGUGGACCAUAUUCAUUUCCAGUACAACGGCUUUUUGUUCGGAUUAAUGCUGCUCUCCAUUGCACGAUUAUUUCAGAAAAGGCACGUAGAAGGAGCAUUUCUCUUUGCUAUUCUCCUACAUCUCAAGCACAUCUACCUCUACGUAGCCCCUGCCUACGGUGUAUAUCUGCUGCGAUCUUACUGCUUCACUGCCAACAAACCAGAUGGGUCCGUUCGAUGGAACAGUUUCAGUUAUGCCCGAUUUAUUUCCCUGGGACUGAUUGUUUUUCUAGUUUCUGCUCUUUCGUUGGGUCCUUUCCUAGCCUUGAACCAACUGCCUCAAGUCUUCUCCCGGCUCUUCCCGUUCAAGCGGGGCCUCUGCCAUGCGUACUGGGCUCCAAACUUCUGGGCUUUGUACAGUGCUUUGGAUAAAGUGCUGUCUGUCAUCGGUUUAAAAUUGAAACUUCUUGAUCCCAACAAGAUCCCUAAGGCCUCGAUGACAAGUGGUUUGGUUCAGCAGUUCCAACACACAGUCCUGCCCUCAGUGACGCCCUUGGCCACCCUCCUCUGCACUCUGAUCGCCAUAGCGCCCUCUAUUUUCUGUCUUUGGUUUAAACCCCAAGGGCCCAGAGGCUUUCUCCGAUGUCUCAUCCUUUGUGCCUUGAGCUCUUUCAUGUUUGGGUGGCACGUCCAUGAGAAAGCCAUCCUCCUAGCGGUUCUCCCAAUGAGCCUUCUGUCUGUGGGAAAAGCAAGAGAUGCUUCAAUUUUUCUGAUUUUGACCACAGCAGGACACUAUUCCCUCUUCCCUCUGCUCUUCACUGCACCAGAACUUCCCAUUAAAAUCUUACUCAUGUUACUAUUUACCAUCUACAGUAUUUCCUCACUGAAGACUCUAUUCAGGAAAGAAAAACCUCUUUUUAAUUGGAUGGAAACUUUCUACCUCCUUGGCCUGGGGCCUCUGGAAGUCUUCUGUGAAUUUGUAUUCCCUUUCACCUCCUGGAAGCUGAAGUACUCCUUUCUCCCUUUGCUACUGACCUCAGCGUAUUGUGCAGUGGGCAUCGCAUACGCUUGGUUCAAACUGUAUCUUUCAGCAUUGACUGACCCUCCUGCCAGCAAGACAAGGAAGCAAUGAAUAAAGGAACUGCUUGGGUAAAUUCCAAGCAAUUAUUUCAUGGGAUGUUAAUCAGAACUUAAAGAAAGUGCUGGUGGCAUGAACCAUUCAGUAGAGCUGUUUGAGGACCAUUCUUCCAGGCUUGGCCUCUCCCAGCCUAGCAACCUGAUGGUCACCAUGGUGAGAAGCCAGGCUCCUCCAAAAGCAGCAAAACACAUCUGAAAAAAAUCUCACCCUGCCCCAUCAGCAUUGCCAAGCCUUUUCAGGCUGCUGCGUGUGCGCCAGGCAAGCAGGGAAAUCUGGUCGACAGCAGGAUUAUUUGUAGCCUGUGAUCACUGCUGUUAGGCUAUAAAGUGCAAUUAGAAUCAUGUGCUAAGGGAGAUAUAAAUAAAAUACCACUUUUUAUUUCUGCAUAAAAA